CAGUCACACCACACUCCCGCAAUAAAAGCCGCGGUUAGGAAGAGCAAAAACGCCGGAUCGUUCGGGAUCAUUGAUCAAUCAUCAAUCAUCAUUGAAGCGACUUGACUUGAUUCCCAAGGAAAGCCUGAAUCUCAGACUCAGAAGGGAAAUGGCGACGGCAGCGGUAGACACAAACCUAGCAGCCACAGCGACAUCAGAUGAUAUGUGCUCUUCGAAGACGAUGAAGCAGGGAGAAGGUCUUAGACAGUAUUAUCUUCAGCACAUUCAUGAUCUUCAGCUUCAGGUCCGGCAGAAGACUCACAAUCUCAAUCGCCUUGAAGCUCAGCGGAAUGAUCUCAAUUCAAGAGUGAGGAUGCUUAGAGAGGAAUUACAACUGCUUCAAGAGCCUGGAUCGUAUGUAGGAGAAGUGGUGAAAGUUAUGGGUAAAUCAAAGGUCUUAGUGAAGGUUCAUCCAGAGGGGAAGUAUGUUGUAGAUAUUGAUAAGAAUAUUGAUAUCACAAAGAUCACGCCAUCAACUAGAGUUGCUCUUCGCAAUGAUAGCUACGUGCUUCACUUGAUCUUGCCCAGCAAAGUUGAUCCCUUAGUUAACCUUAUGAAAGUUGAAAAGGUUCCUGAUUCUACAUACGACAUGAUUGGUGGCCUUGACCAGCAAAUAAAGGAGAUCAAGGAGGUCAUUGAGCUUCCAAUUAAACAUCCUGAAUUAUUUGAGUCUCUUGGAAUAGCUCAACCAAAGGGAGUCUUGCUUUAUGGGCCACCUGGUACAGGAAAGACACUGCUAGCAAGGGCAGUGGCUCAUCAUACUGAUUGUACUUUUAUUAGGGUGUCUGGUUCCGAGUUAGUUCAGAAAUACAUUGGUGAAGGUUCUAGGAUGGUUAGAGAACUUUUUGUCAUGGCCAGAGAACAUGCUCCAUCGAUCAUUUUUAUGGAUGAAAUUGAUAGUAUUGGAUCUGCUCGAAUGGAAUCUGGGACUGGUAAUGGUGACAGUGAAGUGCAACGAACAAUGCUGGAGCUUCUAAAUCAACUGGAUGGUUUUGAAGCCUCUAACAAAAUUAAAGUUUUGAUGGCAACAAAUCGGAUUGAUAUUUUGGAUCAAGCCCUCCUUAGGCCUGGAAGGAUUGACAGGAAGAUUGAAUUCCCCAAUCCUAAUGAAGAGUCCCGUUUCGAUAUCCUAAAAAUACACUCAAGGAAAAUGAACUUGAUGCGUGGUAUUGAUUUGAAGAAGAUUGCAGAGAAGAUGAAUGGUGCAUCUGGUGCAGAGCUCAAGGCCGUGUGUACAGAAGCAGGUAUGUUUGCACUGAGGGAGAGGAGAAUCCAUGUAACACAGGAAGAUUUCGAGAUGGCAGUUGCCAAGGUCAUGAAGAAGGAGACUGAGAAAAACAUGUCUUUAAGAAAGCUAUGGAAGUAGUUCCGUUUAUACGUUCAGUUCUUAAGAUGGAUUUGGAUAUAAACUCGGUUAAAGUUAAUUUUAACUGGGCUUCAUUCCACUGGUUGUGGUCCAUCUAUCAUUAUUUAUUUUUCUUGCUUUCCAUUUUUUUCCUUAUGCAGCGAUGAAUCAAAUUGUAUGUACAUCUAAAUAUCUCGGGUAGUUGUGUUUAGUUUCUUGUUUUUCGACAAUAGGAAUACGAUAUCGAUAGAAAAACGAUUCUCUACACUCUAGUCAUCA